AUGGCCGUCGAAAUUGUCCAGCUCGACCACGUGCCGUCGUCCUACCGAAUCUACCUCGCGCUAUUUCGCAAUGUGAAGAACGCCGGCUUCUUGCACCAGCAGCUGCUCGCGCGCAAUGCUGAUUUCGAAUAUGCCUUUAUCGAUGCGUCAACGAUUGUCUCGCGCGUCCAUUUGCUCUCUGCCGUAUUCAAGGCAGUCAACAACUCCGUCAACGGCACGCUACGCACGCCAAACGUCCACUCUGAAAUCGUCGUGUCAUUAAGUUCCUCGAGCAAUAUUGCCGAUGCAUAUCGUCGCUUUGGUGUAUCACCAUCCACAUCCGACCUCUUCGUCGUCAAAGUCACCUUCCCCAGCGACACCACCCCCGAACCUCCGUCCGCAGACUCCGUCUCGCAGCACCUCAAAGAUAAUGUCGAGGGAGACGCCGUCCCCGCCACCGACGAGACUAUCCAGACGAUCACCGACGUUCGCACCGUGCGCAAGAGCUAUAAGCUCAACGGCUUGGCGUGGUUGGACGCAAUCAAGGAUGAGUUGGUGAAGCGUCAAGAGAUGGAGAGGCUCAUUCUUGGAGGUAUGGCGCUACGUGGCGUCUGA